CCCGUGGUCCCACCAACCGCCGGACCGACCACUUAUCCGUGGUCCCACUAACCUCCGGACCGACCACUUCCCCGUGGUCCCACCAACCGCCGGACCGACCACUUCCCCGUGGUCCCACCAACCACCGGACCGACCACUUCCCCGUGGUCCCACCAACCGCCGGACCGACCACUUACCCUGGUCCCACCAACCGCCGGUCUGCAUGUAAUAAAACAUUUAAAAGGAUCGGAAAUAUCUCUUUAAAAAUUCAAUAAAUACGGUCACUACACUGCCGCAAUACUGCAAUGUGGAUCAUUCCUACUGGUCCAUCAAGAUAACACGUUUGAGGGCCACUGUUCUAGGUAACUUUCACUUAAAAAUGUCUCAAAUCGUCAAGGCAAGUUAGCAGCUAAUAAGGCAUGCGUAUUCCGGGUGGAUAAGACUUAUUAACCUUGGUUGGGCAACUCAUCUAAGAGAAGGAAAAUCUGACUUCAAACCCGGAACUGGAGUCCCGUAAGGUGCAUACAAUGACAAUGCCUGCAACCGUGUCCAUCCGUGGUCGUCUUGACGUAGAGUCUUGCCACUGGAUAUGGUGGGCCUGGACGAGAGAGUGAGGCUGACGCCGCGCAACUCUUCCUCACUUUAAACAAAAGCCACCCGCGCAAGUCAUCAGUCCCGGACGACUCGAUGGUCAUCGUCGAUCCUCGACGGACGAACAAUAAUAUUUACCGCAUGCGUUUUCAACCACCUUGUUCAACCCCACAACGUCCUUCCAACACUAGCUACUUCCUUGUUCAACCCCACAUUGUCCUUCCAACACUAGCUACUUCCUUGUUCAACCCCACAACGUCCUUCCAACUCUACCUGCUUCCUUGUUCAACCCCACAACGUUUUUCCAACUCUAACUACUUCCUUGUUCAACCCUACAAUGUCCUUCCGACUCUAGCUACUCUCUUGUUCAACCCCACAAUGUCCUUCCAACUCUAGCUACCCCACCUCUUAAAAACAAGUUUUGUCUUUUUUUAAUGCUAAGAUGACAUUUAAAAUUAUUUCUUUGAUUUAUUAUUUGUUCAAAUGGUAACUGUUUUUGCGUACCUCUAAUAAAGCUGCAAUUAAAAGCAUUUUUUAAAGUUAGUACAUGAUCCAAAAUUCAAAAGAGAAAAAAAAUGACAGACAAAAUAUCGUAGUUCAAAUACCAGCUGAGAUAACAUGAACUAGUUACAACCGGUUCAGCUACAAGUCAUAGCUCCAACAACCGACUCCGAGAAAAAGUUAUAGCUUUAAAAACCUGCUCAGCUAUACGAUGUCCGGAGGAAGACACCGAGUGGACGACAUUCUAACAGCGGUCAACCCCACAGGGAUGUACCAGGUUCUACAUCUUGUUGUCACCACCUUCGCAUCCUUCCCGAGCGCAUUCCAGUUGCUCAGCAAUAUCUUUAUAUGUAAGUACGGUGUGUUUCUCUUCAGUAAAAUAAUGUCAUGAGACUGUCUCAUUGUGAAUCAAACCAAAGCUGUCUCAUUGUGAAUCAAACCAAAGUUGUCUCAUUGUGAAUCCAACCCAAGCUGUCUCAUUGUGAACCCAACCCAAGCUGUCUCAUUGUGAACCCAACCCAAGCUGUCUCAUUGUGAAUCCAACCCUAGCUGUCUCAUUGUGAAUCCAACCCAAGCUGUCUCAUUGUGAAUCCAACCCAAGCUGUCUUAUUGUGAAUCCAACCCAAGCUGUCUCAUUGUGAACCCAACCCAAGCUGUCUCAUUGUGAAUCCAACCCAAGCUGUCUCAUUGUGAAUCCAACCCAAGCUGUCUCAUUGUGAAUCCAAUCAAAGAUAUCUCAUUGGGAACCCAACCCAAGCUGUCUCAUUGUGAAUCCAACCCUAGCUGUCUCAUUGUGAACCCAACACCAAGCUGUCUCCUUGUGAAUCCAACCCUAGCUGUCUCAUUGUGAAUCCAACCCAAGCUGUCUCAUUGUGAAUCCAACCCAAGCUGUCUCAUUGUGAACCCAACCCAAGCUGUCUCAUUGUGAACCCAACCCAAGCUGUCUCAUUGUGAAUCCAACCCAAGCUGUCUCAUUGCGAACCCAACCCUAGCUGUCUCAUUGUGAACCCAACCCAAGCUGUCUCAUUGUAAACCCAACCCAAGCUGCGAUAUUAGCGGUCCCGUCACGUGGCUUAAGGUGCCCCUUAAAAUAGCCGAGGCUCCAUGCAGUCCAAGUGAGUUGCAGGCCCCACGUGACGGCUCUGGUACUAGCAUAUGACUUCAUUUAGGGGUUGUUUUUUUUCCCGGACACUUCACGACUCACAGUUGUCAGUGUCGUCGCAAAGGCAAUGAUUGGUGGCGGUCCGCCCCUGGCGGGAAUUUUUCUCAAUUUUAGGUGAGGUCAUUUUCGGAAAACCGCAGAUUUUUUUUUUAUUGUGGAAGGGUUCGGCAUUAUCUUUGGCCUGCAUUGACUGGCGUUAACCCUUGCUUUCGCUCUGUGUCUGGGACGAGAGUAUCCUUGGCCUGCAUUGACUGGCGUUAACCCUUGCUUUAGCUCUGUGUCUUGGACAGCAGUAUCCUUGGCCUGCAUUGACUGGCGUUAACCCUUGCUUUAGCUCUGUGUCUGGGACAGCAGUAUCCUUGGCCUGCAUUGACUGGCGUUAACCAUUGCUUUAGCUCUGUGUCUUGGACAGCAGUAUCCUUGGCCUGCAUUGACUGGCGUUAACCCUUGCUUUAGCUCUGUGUCUGGGACAGCAGUAUCCUUGGCCUGCAUUGACUGGCGUUAACCCUUGCUUUAGCUCUGUGUCUGGGACAGCAGUAUCCUUGGCCUGCAUUGACUGGCGUUAACCCUUGCUUUAGCUCUGUGUCUGGGACGUCUGCAUAAUGAAAUAAAGCGGGAUGAUAAUGAAUGUUAUAGUCUUCAUUUUAUAUUAUGAUUUGUCUCUCUUGAAACAUUCGCUUAAAAGGGAUGCGUAGCAUUUUUUUCCCUUUUUUUUUUCAUUGAGUAGAGAAGGAAUAAAUGUGAGGAAAAAAAAAUCACUACAUUUCAAACAUUUUUUUAAAAAAUGGUCUUACAACUAAUCAUUAACAUUCUUAAAUGUGUACAUGAAUGUCCAGACAGAUCUGUCCCUAACACUAAAGCACAUGUCUUUGCCCAGGCAGAUCCGUCCCUCACCGCUGUUCCCAGCCCAUCAACUCGUCACAGAUCUACCCUUUGGACCACAAGGUGACCAACGUAACCUAUGGACGCUGUGACGUGACCUUCUGGUCCAAUGGAACGAUUCUUUAUAAAGAGCAAUGCCCGUACGGAACGGACUACGACCUCGAUCUCACGACCUCGGCGGUAUCUGAGGUUUGUUGAGAUGAUGCCCAGGCAGAUAAUGUUGAGAUGAAGCCCAGGCAGAUAAUGUUAAGAUUAUGCCCGGGCAUGUUAUGUUGAGAUGAUGCCCAGGUAGAUAACCAUGAAAUGAUCCCCAGUCAUGUAAUGUGUAAUUGAUGCCCAGGCAUGUAAUGUUUCGAAGCAAGACUUCAAUAAACUAUGUUUAAAAUUAUCAUUAAGAAAUAUUAAACACUUUUUUUUAAACUUGCGGCCAGCAAAUUAUAUAUGUAUAUAUAUAUAUAUAUUGCAAACCUUGCGCACAUCGGAUGAAGGAAAAUCUUUACGGAUCAAUGAAUAAAAAUGUUGCCACCAGCUAGAGAUGUAGUUUCUCAACACUAGUGUGUACUAUUACUUUAUUGGAAGCGCGAGUUGGAUACAUUUCUGACAAUAUUCAAUGUCUCUCAUGUUCUCACAGUUUGACCUGGUGUGUGACAGAGCCAACCUGGCCCGGCUUAGUCAGACCCUGGUCAUCGCCGGUCAAGGUGUGGGCGCCGUCCUGGCCACGAUCCUCAGUGACAGGUUUGGCAGAAAGGUUGUGCUCGUCACCUCCAACCUGGGGAUGCUGGUGUCCGGCCUGGUCGUCGCCUUCGCGCCCAACUAUUCAGUGUUUGCGGUGUUCAAGUUCUGUGCCGGCGCCUUUCAACAGGUGGGUCAGUGUGGGUCAGUGCCGCUGAUGGAAUGGGAAUAGUGAAGUACACGGGGGGAGGGGAGAGCGGCGAAGACCUAAGGGAAGGGGUAGAGAGAGGGAGGGAUGGAGAGGGAGGAGAGAGGUGGUCAGCACUUGAGGCAAGUAACAUUUGCACAAAUAGCAUGUUUAGAACUCGCAGAUAAGGCCAUCUUGGUGCAAACCAAUGUUACCGUUUAAGUAGAAAUGUUAUUGUAUGAUGUAUUUAUGUUUAUACAUAUAUAUAUAUAUAUAUAUAUAUAUAUAUAUAUAUAUAUAUAUAUAUAUAUAUUUAUAUUAUAUAAAUUAUAUAGCAGUUUCUCAAACAAACACAGAAACACUAGGAAUUUAAAGAGUAAAGAUGUCAUAAAAAAAAAUAGAAAUGUUAUUGUAUGAUGUAUUUAUGUUUAUACAUAUAUAUAUAUAUAUAUAUAUAUAUAUAUAUAUAUAUAUAUAUAUAUAUUUAUAUUAUAUAAAUUCUAUAGCAGUUUCCCAAACAAAAACAGGAACACUAGGAAUUUAAAGAGUAAAGAUGUCAUGAAAAAAAAACUCACUUGAAGUAUUCAACUGGUUUUAAUCAUCAAGAUCUAGUUGGAAAGGCAUUUUAUCAUUUUUAAUUAUUUUUUAUUUGCAUACGAAGUAUUUGUUUGUUGUUCUUUUUGGCCAAGUAGGGGACGGUAACCAGUAUGGUGACGCUUCUUCUGGAAAUGUUUCCCAGCAGACACAGGAGGAUCACGGCCACCUACGGCGGGUUGACAUGGGCCAUCGGGGCCAUGACCAUGGCCUUGGUCGCCUACCUCUUCCGGGACCAUUCCUGGAGGAUGCUUCAGCUCGCGCUCAGCUGUGUGUCCAUAUUGGCUCUCUUUCAACUUUGGUGAGACUCAACAUUUAGUCAAUUUUGACUCUCUUUCAACUUUGGUGAGACUCAACAUUUAGCCCAUUUAACCAUUUGUCGUUCUUUUAACUUUGGUGAGACUUAACAUUUAGCCCAUUUAACCAUUCGUUGUCCUUUCAACUUUGGUGAGACUCAACAUUUAGACCAUAUUUGCUCUCUUUCAACUUUGGGGAGACUCAACAUUUAGUCCAUUUUGGCUCUCUUUCAACUUUGGUGAGACUCAACAUUUAGCCCAUUUAACCAUUUGUCGUUCUUUUAACUUUGGUAAGACUCAACAUUUAGUCCAUAUUUGCUCUCUUUCAACUUUGGGGAGACUCAACAUUUAGUCCAUUUUGGCUCUCUUUCAACUUUGGUGAGACUCAACAUUUAGUCCAUAUUGGCUCUCUUUCAGCUUUGGUUAGACUCAACAAUUAGUCCAUAUUGGCUCUGUUUCAGCUUUGGUGAGACUCAACAUUUAGUCCAUUUUGGCUCUCUUUAAACUUUGGUGAGACUCAACAUUUAAUCCAUAUUGGCUCUGUUUCAACAUUGGUGAGACUCAACAUUUAGUCCAUAUUGGCUCUCUUUCAACUUUGGUGAGACUCAACAUUUAGUCCAUUUAUCGUUCUUUCCACUUUGCUGAGACUCAUAUUUAGUUCAUUUUCUCAAUAUUUUUUUUUUGUUCUUUCAACUUUUGAGAUGACCAUUAAGUCCAUUAUUACAUGAAACAUUAGCAGACAAGGACAUGCUUAACUCAAAUGAAACCUUUCAUCUAACGACAAGUCAGUUUGGAAAAGUAUUCUUGCAGAUUCUAGUCCGAAGUCCCACCAAUGUUAACAGCGUGUAUUUAACUCCCAGGUUUCUGGACGAAUCCCUGCGCUGGCUCAUGGCCAACAGUCAGUCAGAACGGGCUCUCAAAGUCAUCAAGCGAGCUGCAAAGAUGAACGGCAUCAAACUUGAAGCUGUCUUACAGGUCUUGUUGGACACGACUGCAUUUAGUUUACGUCUGUAAUCAUCUGCGAGAUCUGUUCACUAGUUCUGUUUUAGUUGUGUGGUUUUUUUUUUCAAUUAUCUUCUGUGCAAAGGGAAAGUGGAUUAGGUGACUUAAAGGGUAUGCUUGUUAUGGCAUGAACAGUUGUCAAUGUUUUCUUUAAUCUAUGAAACCCAUGAAGCCUACGAUACUUAUAAAACCUAUGAAACAUAUAAAUCCCUAAAGUACCUAUAAAACCUAAAGUACCUAUAAAUCCUAAAGUACCUAUAAAUCAUAAAGUGCCUAUAAAAACCCGUGUUUUCAUGGCGUAUAGGUUUUCGGGAAUUCCAAGUCGGUCGAUGGUAUGAUGUCAUCUAACCAUGAGCCUCAGAUUCAACCGGAUGUCCUAAAACUUAAUGAAGAGAAAAGUCCUAAGAUGACACUCAUCGACGCCUUCAGAGACCGCAGUCUAUUUAUAACUUCUCUGGUCACGUGGUUUGCCUGGUGAGCAGAGACAAGUGGUAGAGUAGUAAGAGUUUAUUUGCUGUUAGUCUCUGUUUGCUGUUAGUCAUUGUUUGCUGUUAGUCAUUGUAAGCUAUUAGUCAUUGUUCCAUGUUAGUCAUUGUUAGAUGUUAGUCAUUGUUAGCUGUUAGUCAUUGUUUCCUGUUAGUCAUUGUUUCCUGUUAGUCAUUGUUUCCUGAUAGUUAUUGUUAGCUGUUAGUCAUUGUUAGCUGUUAGUCAUUGUUAGCUGUUAGUCAUUGUUUAUUGUUAGUCAUUGUUAGCUGUAAGUCAUAGUUUGCUGUUAGUCAUUGUUUCAUGUUAGUCAUAGUUUCAUGUUAGUCACUGUUUGCUGUUAGUCAUUGUUAGCUGUAAGUCAUUGUUUUCUGUUAGUCAUUGUUAGUUGUAAGGGAUUGUUUGCUAUUAGUCAUUGUUAGCUGUUAGUCAUUGUUUGCUGUUAGUCAUUGUUUGCUCUUAGUCAUUGUAAGCUGUUAGUCAUUGUUUCAAGUUAGUCAUUGUUUCUUGAUAUUCAUUGUUUGUUGUUAGUCAUUGUUUCCUGAUAGUUAUUGUUAGCUGUUAGUCGUUGUUUCCUGAUAGUCAUUGUUCGCUGUUAGUCAUUGUUUCCUGAUUGUCAUUGUUUGUUGUUAGUCUAUGUUUGUUGUUAUUCAUUGUUAGCUGUAAGUCAUUGUUUGCUGUUAGUCAUUGUUUGCUGUUAGUCAUUGUUAGCGGUUAUUCAUUUUUAGCUGUUAGUCAUUGUUAUCUGUUAGUCAUUGUUCCCUUUUAGUCAUUAUUUCAUGUUAGUCAUCGUUAGCUGUACGUCAUUGUUUCCUGUUAGUAAUUGUUUCCUGUUAGUUAUUGUUUCCUGUUAGUCAUUGUUUCAUGUUAGUCACUGUUUGCUGUUAGUCAUUGUUAGCUGUAAGUCAUUGUUUUCUGUUAGUCAUUGUUAGCUGUAAGUGAUUGUUUGCUAUUAGUCAUUGUUAGCUGUUAGUCAUUGUUUCCUGAUAGUCUUUGUUAGCUGUUAGUCAUUGUUAGCUGUACGUCAUUGUUUCCUGUUAGUCAUUGUUUCCUGUUAGUCAUUGUUUCCUGUUAGUCAUUGUUUCAUGUUAGUCACUGUUUGCUGUUAGUCAUUGUUAGCUGUAAGUCAUUGUUUCCUGUUAGUCAUUGUUAGCUGUAAGUGAUUUUUUGCUAUUAGUCAUUGUUAGCUGUUAGUCAUUGUUUCCUGAUAGUCUUUGUUAGCUGUUAGUCAUUGUUUCAUGUUAGUCAUUGUUUCCUGUUACUCAUUGUUAGCAGUAAGUCAUUGUUUGCUGUUAGUCAUUGUUAGCUGUUAGUAAUUCUUUGCUGUUAGUCACUUUUUGUUUUAGUCAUUGUUAGCUGUUAGUCAUUGUUUGCUGUUAGUCAUUGUUAGGUGUUAGUCAUUGUUAGCUGUUAGUCAUUGUUAGCUGUUAGUCAUUAUUUCCUGUUAGUCAUUGUUUGAAAUAUGUUUAAGCUUACCAUACAUAUUAUUUACUGGAUCUUAUCUGUGAUAAUCGUGCGACACAUUUUUUGUGUGUGUAUUGACAUAAAUAUGGCUUGACAUGGGAAUGUCAUAAGUAAAUUAGUGGUUCUUAAUUUUAUUUGUAUCCAGAUACAUUUUAUUGAGUUUUUCAACAGUAAUAUGAUUGUGUUUUUAAUCAGUAGAAAGAGCUUAUAAAAAAGUUCAUUAUGAAAUGAAGACUUUAAACAUGGAAACAAGCGAAUAUGUAAAAAUGAAAAUUGUGAAAAGGCAGUACAAAGAUUAAAAUAAUUAACAUGGACUUUGUGGUGUCAUGAUUCGGCUCGAAAACCUUAGUACAUAUUUGUGCAAUGAAAUUUUUUUUUAACCAAGGGAUAUUCCCCACUUAUACUUUCCAAUUUUGUGACCUGCAUUCUAAGUUGAUAGUUGAAUUAUUUUUGUUCCCACGUCAAAACUGUUGGCCCCUGAGAUAUCUAAUGCCCCUGCUACCCCCUGUGUUUGCACGGCCCUCGUAAUGGCUCUGCUUGUCUUAAGCAAAAUUAUUCGCCAUGUUGUUACGUACCGUUAUAUAUUUAAAGUAAACAAAGUUAUUGUUUUAAAGAUCGUCACUUUGUUUUUUAAUCUAGAGCAGGCCUGCACAACAUACCGCCCGCGGGCGCAUUUGGCCCGCCAGCACACACUUUGCGGCCCACGAAGUAAUGAAAUAUUCUUUAUUCUUAUUAUUUUCUUGAUAGAUGUCCCACCUUUCUAUUUUCUUUUGGCCCGCUCAAGCCCUGACCUAUUUCCUUUUGGCCCGCACAAAUUUUUCAUAAAGUAGUACGGCCCUCCCUACAUUUUGAGUUGUGCAGGUCUGAUCUAGAGUUUUUCCAAAUAAAGGAGUUGAACGAGAUUGACCAAAGAUGCCGUAUGUUCAUUGGAGUGGCGUAGCUAAGGAUAGGGCCGCCUGGGCUGGUCAAGCAUUCCGCACCUCCUCCCUGGCCACGAACAACGAGAUUGACCAAAGAUGCCGUAUGUUCAUUGGAGUGGCGUAGCUAAGGAUAGGGCCGCCUGGGCUGGUCAAGCAUUCCGCACCUCCUCCCUGGCCACGAACAUAAACUCAGCAGUAGGCCCAAAAAGCCGCCCCUCAAUAUGAGUAAAAGAAUGCCGCCCGGGGCGAGUCGCCUCCUCCACGCCCUCCUUCCUGCGCCACUCGUUCAUUCAUGUGUCAUGUACAUUCCUAACAUACUUAUGCCUACGUUAAAAAAACAAAAUGACCCGUUGUAAACAGACAUAAAGCAUCUAUAGACCCAAUCUACGAAACAGUAUUUAUUCCAAUAAGAAUUUGGUAAUAUUAAAAUUUCUAAUAAAGUAAAAAUGUAACCAAAUUAAUAGAGCUAUGUUUCAUGUUGGUUCAAUAGGUAUGAUGACGUCAUCACUUCUUUUUUUUUUUUUUUUUUGGCGCCCCGCUCCGGCAUGGGGUACCGGAAUUUGUAUUUGUUUUUUCUGCAUUUUUUUAUAAAAAUAUUCUUUUUUUAAUGAAGUAGCUUAAAGAAAUAAAUAGUUUAAAUAUUUUUUUUUGGCGCCACGCUCCGGCAUGGGGUACCGGAAUUUGUAUUUGUUUUUUCUGCAUUUUUUUAUAAAAAUAUUCAUUUAUCAAUGAAGUAGCUUAAAGAAAUAAAUAGUUUAAAUAACAAUUAUAAAAAAAAAAUAUUUCUAUUUAUUUACAAUGUUUUUAAGUAUUUAUAUAAUACUGUAAAAACAACCAGGUUGAGAGACAGAUACAUUUGUAAACAUCUUUUCUGUCUCUCUAUUGAUGCAAUAUUUGUUCAAACAUCCUUUCUGUUUCUCUGUUGAUACGAAACUGAAAUGAGGUAUUCGCCAAAAUGCAUUCCUUUAUAUUAAAUUCCCUUCAUUUCCGCUUUCGCCAGCUCCCGAUCAAAGUGACACUGGCCCCUUUGUAUCUAUACACCAGGCCUGUACAACUCAAAAUGUAAGGUGGGCGGUAAUACUGUAUGAAAAACUUGUGCGGGCCGAAAGAUAAUAUGACAGGAGGGAAAGCUCUUAAGAAAGGAGAUGGUGGUGGGCCAUAUCUUGUGGAUGCCUGCUGCACACAGAUAUCUUAGCUGUCCAAAAUAUUAUUCCCCUUCCUUUUUGUAAAAACAGUUGGACUAUAUGUGUCUUUAUAGAAUCCAGGGGAGACAAUAGGGUCGGACCAAAGGGAUACAACCCCAGGUCGCCAAAACUAGGUGAAUUCAUUUUAUGUAGGGCGUGGGCCCCGGAUUCAGAGCCGGCGCUGGUUACCAUUAUGCCAUUAUGCCUACUUUUGGUGUUCAUAAAUGCAUUGCCCCACCCCACAUUUGUUCCAAACACUUGAAAUGCCCCUCGGAUUAAAUUCUACGAAAUGUUUCAAAUGUUGGUGCAUGUUAGCAACUAUAGACCAGCUUUAAUUUUAAAAUUAUGUUUAUAAAUUGGUGUGCCGCAGAAAUAUGGGAAGGGUCUAGGUGUGCCGUGAGUGAAAGAAGGUUGCAGGACACUAUAGUUUACAUGAACAUUCUUCAUGAUUUGUUCGAUGUUUUCUCUUCAAAAGACAGACAUUGAUUUGUUUAUGGAGACGCGGCAUGUGUAUGUGGUGCGGGCGGGAAGCGUGGGGGGGGGGGUUGGGUCUUGAUAUUUUCUGCAUGCUGACGUGUAUAUAUUAUGACAUACUUGUCACAGGUUCACCACGGCUCUGGGGUACUUUGUCAUUUAUCUCAACUCUGUCACGUUGUCGGGAGAUCGAUUCCUCAAUUACUUUCUGACGGCCACGAUGGAGAUCCCAUCGAACAUAUUCUUCUAUUUCAGCCUCAACCGGUCAGUGUGUCUUACAUCUUUCUUUGUGUGUCAUAGAUCUGUUUUGUGUGUCUUGGAUCUGUCUUUGUGUCUCAGAUCUGUCUUUUUGUGUCUCAGAUUUUUUUUUUGUGUGCGACAUUUGUCUUUAUGCUCGGCUCUCGUCUCAGAUAUGUUUAUUUCUGUCUCACGACUGUCUUUGUGGGUCUCAGAUAUGUCUAUUUCUGUCGCACAUCUGUCUUUGUGGGUCUCAGAUAUGUGUAUUUCUGUCUCACGUCUGUCUUUGUGGGUCUCAGAUAUGUCUAUUUUUGUCUCACGUCUGUCUUUGUGGGUCUCAGAUAUGUCUAUUUCUUUUUAACAUCUGUCUUUGUUGGUCUCAAAUAUGUCUAUUUAUGUCUCACAUCUGUCUUUGUUGUUCUCAGAUAUGUGUAUUUCUGUCUCACCUCUGUCUUUGUGGGUCUCAGAUAUGUCUAUGUCUGUCUGUCUCUCUCAAAUAUGUCUUUGUGCGUCCUAAUUCUGUCUUUGUACGUCCAACUUUUGUCUUUGUAUGUACUACUUCUGUCUUUGUACGUUCUACUUCUGUCUUUGUAGGUCCCACUUCUGUCUUUGUAUGUCUUACUUCUGUCUUUGUAUGUCCUACUUCUGUCUUUGUAUGUCCUAUUUUAUGUCUGUGUACGUCAUACUUAUGUCUGUACAUCUCCUACUUAUGUCUUUGUACGUACUAAUUCUGUCUUUAUACGUCCUACUUUUGUAUUUGUAUGUCCUACUUCUGACUUUGUAUGUCCUAUUUGAUGUCUUUGUACGUUCAAGUUCUGUCUUUGUACGUCCUACUUCUGUCUUUGUACGUCCUCAUUAUGUCUUUGUAUGUUCUAUUUCUGUCUUUGUAUGUCCUGUUUUAUGUUUUUCUAAGUCUUACUUAUGUUUUUGUACAUCCUACUUCUGAAUUUGUACGUCUUACUCCUUUCUUUAUAUGUACUACGUAUGUCUUUUUAAGUCUUACUUAUGACUUUGUACGUACUAAUUUGUCUUUGUAUUUCCUACUUCUGUCUUUGUAUUUCCUACUUCUGUCUUUGUAUGUCCUACUUCUGUCUUUGUAUAUCCCACUUCUGUCUUUGUAUAUCCUACUUCUGUCUUUGUAUGUCCUACUUCUGUCUUUGUAUGUCCUACUUCUGUCUUUGUAUGUCCUACUUCUGUCUUUGUAUGUCCUACUUCUGUCUUUGUAUGUCCUACUUCUGUCUUUGUAUGUCCUACUUCUGUCUUUGUAUGUCCUACUUCUGUCUUUGUAUGUCCUACUUCUUUCUUUGUAUGUCCUACUUCUGUCUUUGUAUGUCCUACUUCUGUCUUUGUAUGUCCUUCUUCUGUCUUUGUAGGUCCCACUUCUGUCUUUGUAUGUCCUACUUCUGUCUUUGUAUGUCCUACUUCUGUCUUUGUAUGUCCUACUUCUGUCUUUGUAUGUCCUACUUCUGUCUUUGUAUGUCCUACUUCUGUCUUUGUAUGUCCUACUUCUGUCUUUGUAUGUCCUACUUCUGUCUUUGUAUGUCCCACUUCUGUCUUUGUAUGUCCUACUUCUGUCUUUGUAUGUCCUACUUCUGUCUUUGUAUGUCCUACUUCUGUCUUUGUAGGUCCCACUUCUGUCUUUGUAUGUCCCACUUCUGUCUUUGUAUGUCCUACUUCUGUCUUUGUAUAUCCUACUUCUGUCUUUGUAUGUCCUACUUCUGUCUUUGUAUGUCCUAUUUUUUUUUGUAAUGGUGUGCCCCACAGGUUCGGAAGAAGGACCACCACAGUGAUACCGUUUGUCGUGUUGGGUACAGCCGUCCUGGCUGCUGGGCUCUUCAAAAAACUGGAACAGUGUAAGUGGGUCUUUUAACUUGGAUUGGCAUUGGAUAGAUGUUUGUUCACAAUUCUUUUAUACAAUGAAAUAAAAGUGAGAAUGUGAGUUAACAUUGUGUACAUUUGAUUCCGGUUAACUCCAUGACUUCUACUUUAACCAUAUCAUGUUAACUCCAUGCCUUCUCAUUUAACAAUGUCAUGUUAACUCCAUGCCUUCUCAUUUAACAAUGUCAUGUUAACUCCAUGUCUUCUCAUUGAACCAUGUCAUGUUAACUCCAUGUCUUCUCAUUUAACCAUGCCAUGUUAACUCCAUGUCUUCUCAUUUAACCAUGCCAUUUUAAUCCCAUGUCUUCUCAUUUAACCAUGCCAUGUUAAUUCCAUGUCUUUUCAUUGAACAAUGUCAUGUUAAUUCCAUGUCUGCUCAUUUAACCAUGUCAUGUUAACUCAAUGUCUUCUCAUUUAACCAUGUCAUGUUAACUCCAUGUCUGCUCAUUUAACCAUGUCAUGUUAUUUCCAUGUCUUCUCAUUUAACCAUGCCAUGUUAACUCCAUGCCUUCUCAUUUAACCAUGUCAUGUUAACUACAUGUCUUCUCAUUUAACCAUGUCAUGUUAACUCCAUGUCUUCUCAUUUAACCUUUUCGUGUUAACUCCAUUUCUUCUCAUUUAACCAUGCCAUGUUAACUCCAUGUCUUCUCAUUUAACCAUGUCAUGUUAACUCCAUGUCUUCUCAUUUAACCAUGUCAUGUUAACUCCAUGUCUUCUCAUUUAACCAUGUCAUGUUAACUCCAUGUCUUCUCAUUUAACCAUGUCAUGAUAACAUCUCGUCCCUUUAAUUCCAGCCAACCCGGUGUUUGCACAUUUAACCCUAACUUCGUCUCUGGUGGCGAUGAUUGGUGCAAGUGGAUGUUUUGGGGUUGUCUUCCUUUACACGCCGGAAAUGUUCCCAACUAAUUACAGGUAAGUCAAUGACCCACUUAAUACAGGUUAUUGACUCACAAACUAAUAUAAAUGACCUACUUGCUUCAGCUAAAUGACUCAUGUAAUACAGGUAAAUGAUCCAGUUAACAGGUAAAUAUCCCACUUAAUAUAGGUAAAUGACCCACUUAAUGCAGGUAAAUGACCCACGUUAUACAUAUUAAUGACCCACAAACUAAUGAAAAUGCCCAACUAUCUUCAUAUAUAUAACCCACUAGCUACAGAUGUAUGACCAAAUAACUACAUCUAAAUGACUUACUUAAUACAGGUAAAUAACACAUUUAAUACAGGUCAAUGAACCUGUAACUAAUGUAAAUAUUAACUUCAGCUAAAUAACAAAAUCACUACAGGUCCAUGACCCACUGGCCGGCGUGGUCUACGGAUCAAAAAAAUAAGAGAGGGGUGUGUGUCAAUAUUGUAGGCAUGUAUGUAAACAUUGUUGGCGUGUAUGUCAACAUUUUAUGCGUGUAUGUCGAAAUUGUGGGCGUGUAUGUAAACAUUUUAUGCGUGUAUGUCAACAUUUUAGGCGUGUAUGUCAACAUUAUACGCUUGUAUGUCAACAUUGUAGGCGUGUAGGUCAACAUUGUAGGCGUGUAUGUAAACAUUGUUGGCGUGUAUGUAACCAUUGUUGGCGUGUAUGUCAACAUUAUAGGGGUAUACGUUAACAUUGCAAGCGUGUAUGUAAACAUCGUAGGCGUGUAUGUCAAUAUUGUAGGCAGUAUGUCAACAUUGUAGGCAUGUAUGUCAACAUUGUAGGGUUUUAUAUUAACAUUGUAGGGAUGUAUGUCAACAUUGUAGGCAUGUAUAUCAACAUUGUAGGGGUGUAUGUCAACAUUGUAGGGAUGUGUGUCAACAUUGUAGGGUUGUAUGUGAACAUUGUAGGGAUGUAUGUCAACAUUGUAGGGAUGCGUGUCAACAUUGUAGGAGUGUAUGUCGACAUUGUAGGGAUGUGUGUCAACAUUGUAGGGAUGUGUGUCAACAUUGUAGGGAUGUGUGUCAACAGUGUAGCGAUGUGUGUCAAUAUUGUAGCGGUGUGUGUCAACAUUGUAGGGAUGUGUGUCAACCUUGUAGGGAUGUAUGUCAACAUUGUAGGGAUGUGUGUCAACAUUGUAGUGGUGUAUGUCAAAAUGUAGGGAUGUGUGCCCACAUUGUAGGGAUGUAUGUACAAUUUGUAGGGAUGUGUGUCAACAUUGUAGGGAUGUGUGUCAACAUUGUAGCGAUUUGUGUCUACAUUGUAAGUGUGUGUGUCAACAUUGUAGGGAUGUGUGUCAACAUUGUAGGGUUGUAUGUCAACAUUGUAGGGUUGUAUGUCAACAUUGUAGGGAUUUAUAUCAAUAUUGUAAGGAUGUGUGUCAACAUUGUAGCGUUGUGUUAACAUUGUAGGGAUAAGUUUCAACUUUGUAGGGUUGUAUGUCAACAUUGUAGGGGUGUAUGUCAACAUUGUAGGAAUGUGUGUCAAUAUUGUAGGAGUGUAUGUCAACAUUGUAGGGAUGUGUGUCAACAUUGAAGGGAUGUGUGUCAACAUUGUAGGAGUGUAUGUCAACAUUGUAGGGUUGUAUGUCAACAUGGUAGGGAUGUACGUCAACAUUGUAGGGAUGUAUGACAACAUUGUCGGGGAUGUGUAUCAACAUUGUAAUGAUAUAUGUCAACAUUGUAGGGUAUAUGUCAACAUUGUAGGAUUUUAUAUCAACAUUGUAGGGAUGUAUGUCAACAUUGUAAGGUUGUAUGUCAACAAUGUAUGAGUGUAUGUCAACAUUGUACGGGUGUAUGUCAACAUUGUAGGGGUGCAUGUCAACAUUGUAGUGUUGUAUGUCAACAUUGUAUGAGUGUAUGUCAACAUUGUAUGAGUGUAUGUCAACAUUGUAGGGGUAUAUGUCAACAUUGUAUGAGUGUAUGUCAACAUUGUGGGGUUGUAUUUCAACAUUGUAUGAGUGUAUGUAAAUAUUGUAUGAGUGUAUGUCAACAUUGUAUGAGUGUAUGUCAACAUUGUAUGAGUGUAUGUCAACAUUGUAGGGUUGUAUGUCAACAUUGUAUGAGUGUAUGUCAACAUUGUAUGAGUGUAUGUAAACUUUGUAUGAGUGUAUGUCAACAUUGUAUGAGUGUAUGUCAACAUUGUAGUGUUGUAUGUCAACAUUGUAUGAGUGUAUGUCAACAUUGUAGGGGUAUAUGUCUACAUUGUAGGGGUGCAUGUCAACAUUGUAGGGUUGUAUGUCAACAUUGUAUGAGUGUAUGUCAACAUUGUAGGGGUGUAUGUCAACUUUGAAGGGUUGUAUGUCAACAUUGUAGGGUUGUAUGUCAACAUUGUACGGGUGUAUGUCAACAUUGCAGGGGUGUAUGUCAACAUUGUAGGAGUGUAUGUCAACAUUGUAGGGAUGUAUGUAAACAUUGUAGGGUUGUAUGUCAACAUUGUAGGGAUGUAUGUCAACAUUGUAGGUAUGUGUGUCAACAUUGUAGGGGUGUAUGUAACAUUGUAGGGGUUUAUCUCAACAUUGUAGGAGUGUAUGUCAACAUUGUAGGGUUGUAUGUCAACAUUGUAUGAGUGUAUGUCAACAUUGUAGGGGUGUAUGUCAACUUUGAAGGGUUGUAUGUCAACAUUGUAGGGUUGUAUGUCAACAUUGUACGGGUGUAUGUCAACAUUGCAGGGGUGUAUGUCAACAUUGUAGGAGUGUAUGUCAACAUUGUAGGGUUGUAUGUCAUCAUUGUAGGGAUGUAUGUCAACAUUGUAGGGGUGUGUGUCAACAUUGUGUGUAUGUCAACAUUGUAGGGGUGUAUGUAACAUUGUAGGGGUUUAUGUCAACAUUGUAGGAGUGUAUGUCAACAUUGUAGGUGUGUGUGUCAACAUUGUAGGAAUGUAUGUAAACAUUGUAGGGUUGUAUGUCAUCAUUGUUGGGAUUUAUGUCAACAUUAUAGGGUUGUAUGUCAUCAUUGUAGGGAUGUAUGUAAACAUUGUAGGGUUGUAUUUCAACAUUGUAGGAGUGUAUGUCAACAUUGUAGGGUUGUGUGUCAAGCUUGUAGGAAUGUAUGUCAACAUUGUAGGGAUGUGUGUCAACAUUGUAGUGGUGUAUGUCAAAAAUGUAGGGAUGUGUGCCAACAUUGUAGGGGUGUCUGUCAACAUUGUAGGGUUGUAUGUCAACAUUGUAGAUUUGUAUGUCAACAUUAUAGGAGUGUAUGUGAACAUUGUAGGGGUGGGUGUCAACAUUGUAGGGGUUUAUGUCAACAUUGUAUGGGUGUGUGUCAACAUUGUAGGGUUGUAUGUAAACAUUGUAGGGUUGUAUGUCAACAUUGUAGGGUUGUAUGUCAACAUUGUAUGAGUGUAUGUCAACAUUGUAGGAGUUGUAUGUCAACAUUGUAGGAGUGUAUGUCAACAUUGUAGGAGUGUAUGUCAACAUUGUAGGAGUGUAUGUCAACAUUGUAGGAGUGUAUGUCAACAUUGUAAGAGUGUUUGUCGACAUUGACGGGAGUAUAUCAACAUUGAUUGUAAGGAUUUGUUUCAACAUUGCAGGCGUGUAUGUCAACAUUUCAGCCGUGUAUUUCAACAUUGUAGGCGUGUAUGUCAACAUUGCAGGCGUGUAUGUCAACAUUGUAGGUGUGUAUUUGUUAUGAUCAUUUACAUGAAAUAUUGGCCAACUUGGAUCUUUAUUUCUUCCACCAACAGAAACCAGGCGCUGGGAGUAGCAUCCUUGAUAGGACGAAUAGGUGGGAUGUUAGCACCUUUCAUGGGACUGCUGGUGGGUCAAUUAUGUCCAACCCUUUCUUAUUAUUAGAAGUGGUUUUCUCGUUACGUUUAUUUAUCAAUAUUUUGAUUCAACGAAAUAAAAUCAGCGUUUUAUAAGAUGUAUAUAUAUAUAUAUAUAUAUAUNAUAUAUAUAUAUAUAUAUAUAUAGAUAUAUAGAUAUACAGAGAGAGAGAGAGAGAGAGAGAGAGAUACAUAUAUAUAUAUAUGAGGCUAUUUUUGGCAUUUUACAUACAGAAAAUGGGGCCUUUAUUAUAUUAUAUUAUUUAUUAUAUCACAUGUAAUCUAGAAAGCUUAUUUAAAUAUAAUAAGUAGCCCUGCGAGCUGGUUCUUAACAAUACAGCUAAUAUCUUUGUAACGUUGAAAAUGUUGCUUUUAAAGUAAUGGAUCGACAUUAGCCUUUAUUUAGGGCUCAACAAUCUGCUAAGAGUAUAUUUUUAGAGCUUCGGGUAGGGCCAUAUUAAAAGACAAACAAAUAACCCCUAUAAACAAAGGUCUUCGCGUAAAUCUUUUAUAUGCAUUUUUCUUUGAAAUUUUGUGAUCGUACGUGAUAUAUUAUUUAUGUGAUUGAAGAAAACGAUGGGGGUGGUUUUUAUCAAAGUUAGCGCAUGUAAAAACCUAAUAGACUAAAGAUCUAUUUUAACCCAUAUACUUCGCAAAUACAAAGCACAUCGCAACAGCUGCACAAUUAAUCUCCACACCAGAGCACGAAACCAUUGAACAAAUCACUAACAUGCCCCUCCCACCACCCACACCCCCAUACACACAUUUUUUUUUUGAAAAAGGACAAAUUUAUUGGGGGGGCGGAGUGGGGUGGAGGGUGUGGCUGAAAAUUUGAAAGACUUUGAUGUCAUCUGCAACGAGUCUAUGUGCCAAGUUUCAUUUCGAUAGGGGGACAGGAAAUGGGUCGGUUAGCCUUCCGAAGAAUGUGCCACCACAAAUAAAGAAAGAAAGAAACACAUCGUCAAAAGCAAAGUUAAUAUAAAGGCUUUAAAAAUAGUGGCGUCCAUUACUUCAAACGGCAGCAUGCGAGCCGGAGACCCAUGUGGUGGACCACUGGCCUAAUGGGACCCUUGUAGUGGACCACUGGCCUAAUGUGACCCUUGUAGGGGACCACAGGCCUAAUGUGACCCUUGUAGUGGACCACAGGCCUAAUGUGACCCUUGUAGUGGACCACAGGCCUAAUGUGACCCUUGUAGUGGACCACUGGCCUAAUGUGACCCUUGUAGUGGACCACUGGCCUAAUGUGACCCUUGUAGUGGACCACUGGCCUAAUGUUACCCUGUAGUGGACCACAGGCCUAAUGUGACCCUUGUAGUGGACCACAGGCCUAAUGUUACCUUUGUAGUGGACCACUGGCCUAAUGUGACCCUUGUAGUGGACCACUGGCCUAAUGUGACCCUUGUAGUGGACCACUGGCUUAAUGUGACCCUUGUAGUGGACCACAGGCCUAAUGUGACCCUUGUAGUGGACCACAUGCCUAAUGUGACCCUUGUAGUGAACCACAGGCCUAUUGUGACCCUUGUAGUGGACCACAGGCCUAAUGUGACCCUUGUAGUAGACCACUGGCCUAAUGUGACCCUUGUAGUGGACCACAGGCCUUAUGUGACCCUUGUAGUGGACCACAGCGCUAAUGUGACCCUUGUAGUGGACCACUGGCCUUAUGUAACCCUUGUAGUGGACCACUGGCCUAAUGUGACCCUUGUAGUCGUCUACUGGCCCAUUGUGAUGUUAGAUUUAAAGAAAAAUAUUUUUAAUGAUUUUAAAACUUUGGAAACGCUCUAGUAAAUACCAUGUCAUCUUUCCCCGUGACUGUUGAUGUUCCCCUCAUCCCAGGCAGACCAAGCCGUGUGGGCGCCAGGACUCGCCAUCGCCUUCUGCUCCUUGUUGGUGUGUCUUCUCAUGAGAUGUCUUCCCGAGACCAACGGGCGAGAACUGCCGCAGAACAUUGAAGAGUUGCAAAACUGGUCUUAAACGUAACGAGAUUGUGAUAAAUAAUUAAAAUCCCACAAAGUAGAAUUUUGUUACUCAUCAGAUUCAUUUUUUUUUGUUGUUUUUACAUUAAUGAUUGGUUAGAGUUGUACCUUAUUUGAUUGAAAAUAGGUAUUGAGACAGAGUUUAGUUUUGUAAUACAAAACACUGUUUGCAGAUGUAGGUAUACAAAAAUCGCACUUUGUAUCUAUGACUCAUUUAUAAUUAAUUUUGUGUAAUUAUAAUUCAAAAAUAAAAUAUAAUGACAUGAAUUUUC